AUGACCGGAAAACUCGGGAUACUCGCUCGCUUCUCUCUGUGUCUAUUGCUAGCAUUUGACUUGAUGUCCAACACGAAGGCACAUUCACAUUUCCAACGGAGUUCUCUGACCACUCGCUCAGACUCCCAAUGCCAACCGUUCCAAAGCAACUUGGGCCCCUCUAGUGUAUCUAGCGAUGGCAGUAAAGACUUUGUUGCAAUAAGCCCGAGCGGCUCGUAUAGUACUUCUGGGAGUGGACUGGAGCUCUAUCUCAAGAAGCCAAAAGGAGCCAUCACAACCAAGGACGGGGUGAACGACAAGAUCGGUGACGGUGCCACUAUCAACUCUACGUUCACCCUCCGGUACGGGAAGGUCACGAUCGCGAUGUCUGGACCUGCAGUUUCAGGAGUGGUCACUGCAGCAAUUCUCAUUGCCGACCAAAACGAUGAGAUAGAUGUUGAGCUUGUUGGCGGGGACCCCACGCACUGGCAGACUAAUGUCUAUGCUCCGAGUCCAGAAGACACGCAACCGCUCUGGGGCGCCUUCGGCGAGAUUGAAGACUAUCCUAACGGAGGAACUCUUGAUGAGUAUCAUCAAUAUACAAUUGACUGGAAUGCGGAGCGCAUCGUCUGGAGUGUCGAUAGCACGGACGUACGCACUCUCAGGAAAGGUGGAGUUUGGUCAGCCCUACAAGGUCUCUUUGUUAACACACGCCUACACCGUUGCAUAGAUCAGACGCAGAAGAACGGUGCGCUUCAUUUCCCCUCACACGCGACACGCAUCCAACUCGGGAUCUGGGACGCAAGCUCUCCCGCCGGAACCGCACAGUGGGCGAAGGGACCCAUCGAUUGGACUACGGCACCAUCCAAAAUGACGGCCAACUUCAAGAGCAUCGUCGUGGAGUGCCCCUACUAA